GAGUCUUCUGGGCCAUUAUGGCAGUCAAGUGGACUGGUGGACAUUCUUCUCCUAUUCUCUGCCUGAAUGCAAGUAAAGAAGGACUAGUGGCUUCUGGAGCAGAGGGUGGAGAUCUCAUCACUUGGGGUGAAGAUGGGACUCUAUUAGGACACAUCCAGUUCCAAGGGGCUGAUGAUGUUACUAGUGUCUUAUUUUCUCACUCCCGUCCCACCAAGCUCUAUGCCUCACAUGGAGAAACUAUUAGCAUAAUGGAUGUCAGAUUCCUCAAAAGUUCCCUGGACCAAUUUCAUGUGAACGAAGAAGAAAUCAAUUGUCUUUCAUUGAAUGAAACUGAAAACCUGCUGGCUUCUGCUGAUGACUCUGGGGCAAUCAAAAUUCUAGAUUUGGAAAAUAAGAAAGUUAGCAGAUCCCUGAAGAAACAUUCCAAUAUCUGUUCCUCUAUAGCUUUUCGACCUCGGAGGCCUCAGAGCCUGGUAUCAUGUGGACUGGAUAUGCAGGUGAUGCUGUGGAAUCUUCAGAAAGCCCGGCCACUGUGGAUUACAAAUUUACAAGAGGAUGAAACAGAAGAAAUGGAAAGCCCACAAUCACCUGGUCAGCUCUUAAACCCUGCUCUAGCCCACUCUGUCUCUGUGGCAUCGUGUGGUAAUAUUUUUAGUUGUGGUGCAGAAGAUGGUAAGAUUCGAAUCUUUAGGGUGAUGGGAGUCAAGUGUGAACAGGAACUGGGAUUUAAGGGCCACACUUUGGGGGUAUCCCAGGUCUACUUUCUCCCAGAAUCCUAUUUGCUGCUUACUGGAGGGAAUGAUGGGAAGAUAAUGUUGUGGGAUGUGAGCAGUGAAGUUGAGAAAAAACAGAAGAGUCCUGCAAAGCAUACCCACAGGAAGAAAACUAAAAGAGCAACUUAUACCAAGCAGGGUGGAAAUACUAAUGCUUCAGUAGCAGAUGAGGAAGAACAUGGCAGAAUUUCACCAAAGCUAUAUAUUGAACAUGGAGAAAAAGUGAACUGGCUCUUGGGUACAAAAAUAAAGGGGCACCAAAAUAUAUUAGUAGCUGAUCAAACUAGUUGUAUAUCUGUAUAUCUCUUAAAUGAAUUUUAAAUCCAAUAAAAUCAUUUGAAGAA